AAUUAUUUUCUAUGUAGUUCGCGCGGCAUCAUAACCGGUGUUCGUCUGUGAUUAGGCGUAAACGUCAUAGACCGACUGAAAGUGACACUGUUAGAUCGUUACCAUGUCCUCUUGGUCUUCGGAACAUAUUUUCGAGCAUCCUUGGGAGGAUGUGGUGCGAGCAGCGUACCGUAAAUAUCCCAAUCCCUGUAACCCAGCAGUGAAGGGGGUGGAUGUUGUGAACCGAUCAGUGUGUCCCCAGGGGACUAUUCAAAGCCACCGCCUGCUCUCGACAGAAUUCCCCCUCCCAGAGGUGGCUGCCAGAAUUAUUGGAACACCAGAGAAAAACUUCAUCAGCGAACACUCCACAUUAAAUGCCAGAAAUAAAAUGUUCAAAUUAGAAUCUCGCAAUCUUUUAGGGGCAAAUGAUCAUGCUAUGCAUAUAAGUGAACAUUCCAAACUUGACAGAUCCAAGUCCAAAUAUGAACUUCAGUCCAAAAAUCUUACCCUUGGGCAUUUAGUGACCGUCCACGAACGCAUGGAAUAUUUCCCUCACCCUCAGGAUAGAUCAAAAACCUGUCUCAAACAGCAGUCCACAGUCAAAGUCAAUGUGCCUUUUUUGUCAGGCUACCUAGAGAGGCUCCUUAUAGAGAACUUUGAGAAGAAUGCCAUGAAGGGACGUAAUGGUAUGGAGUGGGUGAUUGAUAGAAUAAAAGAAGAGGAUUCAUCAAACAAAGUAAAACAAUCGUCAGACAUUUUAACACAAUUAGAAACCAAAUUCAAGAGGGAAGCUGAGGACCUCAAACAAAGCAUGGACAGUUUCUUUCACAAAACCCAGGCCAACACCUCCCCACUUUGAUCAAGGCCCACUCUAGGCUGUUGUUAAGUUUCUCUUUGAACCAGUGGAUUUGCAUGGAUGCAAUGAACUUCUGAUUCUGGAAUCCACUGCUGUAUUAUAGCUUGUUAUGCCUUGUGUGACCAGCUCUUUUCAUUUCUUGACAUCUGAGCUACCAUCUGUGAUAAAGUCAUCACCAUAAUAAACUCCUCAGGGUCUUCAUCAUUGGUAUACACACAUGGAAAUCCAUCUAGGUGUUUUAUUUCUUCUUUUUUUUUUCAAUUUUAGUACAAUUAGGAUAUUAAGAAAAUUUGUGUAAUAUGUUCUGUUGCAUUUCUGAUGCAGUGUAGGAAUCUCUGACUCUACAACUGAAGCUUCAUGUAUAUUUAAUGGUCAUGACAUAGAUCAUUACAUUGUUCAUUAAUGGUUUCUAUGUACAUUUGAAUGAUGAACACAUUUUAUAGUCAGUUAAAUCUGCCUCUGUUGUUAGAUCUUGCUGCAUGAUAAAAAUGUUGAUGCACAUAUAAUUAUUCUAGUUCAUUUAACUUAUAUAAAUAUAUAGGAAACAAACAAUGAAGGCAUUUUUGUGUAUUGAGAAAUUCCACUUUUUUUCAAUUUAAAAUCUGAAUUGACUGAUUAUUGGUGGAUUUCUGCAUAUCAUGACUGUGAUGAAUGGGAAUUGCAGUCUGGUCUUUUCACUGUAAUAUGUUACUUUAUGUAUCGUGUUAUUUUCUGUUGUUUAUAGUUUUGUUUUAAAUCAUAUUUCAAGAAAAUAAAUGAAAUGAAACUUAA